AUGUCAUUCGGGGAAUUACGAAAAACAACCAAAACAAAUUGGUUAAAAGAUAAUAGAGAGUUAUUGAGGAAUAAUAAUGGUCAGGUGCAAACUGAUAUUCGAUUGUCCACUAAAUGGCUUGAAAGAAGUAAAUGUGAAGAUUUAGGAAUUAAAUAUAGGAAAGGAAGAUUUACUAAACGGGAAAAGGAAAUUUUACAGAAUACUUUACAAGAGUACAAAAGAAGACAUAAUCUUAAUGAUGAUCAAUUACAAAAACUUAUGCAUUAUAGAAAUGACAAAGAACAUUCGUCUUUCUGGGCAGAAAUAGCUACUCCGUUAGGCUUCCGUUCUUUGAAAUCUGUUGCACAUCACAUACAGCGAAAUUUUCAUGAAUUCAAUCAUAAUGGUUCAUGGAGUAAAGAAGAAGAUGAACAGUUAAAACAACUUAUUCAAUUGUACGGGCGAGAUUGGACAACAAUAGGGGAACAAUUGAAACGUAUGCCAGAAGGAUGUAAAGAACGAUACGUUGUUUGCCUCCAACAUCAAGACAAGCACAAUAAAGGAAAAUGGACAAAGGAAGAAGAAGAACAAUUAACAAAAGUAGUCGUUAAUAUUACCAAAGAAUGUGACGCAAACAUUUCUUUAGAUUGGGGAAUUCCAUGGCAAUUAGUCGCUGAAGCAAUGGAAAAUAAAAGAACAGCAUUAUCUUGUCGAAGUAAAUGGGUUAGAGAUUUGAGGCUUAAGUAUGAAAUUGGGGAGGAUCGAAGCGCUAGAUGGACUAGCUAUGACAGCUAUAUGCUUUGUAAAAA